AUGGGUCUCACUGUUAUUGGACGUGAGCUCAAAUUCAGACAAUUCAUUAAAUUGAGAGCAAAGGAGAUGACGAAACGGAUGAUUCUCCGAACCGUUGAAAUCAGUGAAAAGACUUAUUAUGAGUGGUGCAAAAUCGACGACCAGGACCUGCCGUUCAUAACUGUCCCAAGAUCUGGAGGUCGCGAUAGGAUCACAGAACCAGAAGAUGACCAAUUACUAAGUGAGACUGCAAUCGCCAACAACUGGUCUAAUUUGAAUGAAUUGAGACAAUUGCCGGCAAUUCAAGGCAAUGCAAACAUUGCAGCAGCGAGUGGUCGUACCCUUAGGAGGCGAUUGAGUGAUCAGGGUGUCAGACAUCGUGUCGCAGCCAUUAAAGAGCGGUUGCGAGAGUUCCAUAAGGAAAGGCGACUCAUUUAUGCGGAACAGUUCGUUAACUGGACACUUGUGGAUUGGUCACGUGUCAUAUUCAUUGAUGAAUUCGGGAUAUCGACUGGAGAAGGCGGUCGUGUUUGGAUUUGGCGGACAUGUGGCACUCGAUAUGAUGAGCGAAACCUCGCUUUAAUUCAGAGAACACGCAGAUUCAGUGUUUCAUUUAUUGCGAUUCUCAGCCCUGAUCUCAAUGCGUGUGAGAAUGUGGGCGCGAUGAUCAAGAAUUUGGUUCGGACUGAGCGCCAGCCCAUCGAGUCAGAGGACCAGUUGUGGGAAGCAGUGUCAAGGGCUCAUCAGACAAUGGUAGGCCCACAAUGGCGACAAUAUUUUAUUGAUUUGCUUAAUUCAAUGCCUCGACGAAUGGAAGAGGUGAUCACAGCACAGGGAGGUCACACACAUUAUUAA